UAUGUGAUAUUAAGCAAAAGGUGAAGCAACUGCCAACACUUAGAAAAGAGAAGAGAUACAGAAAAUGACUUGACAGUGCUGCUCUCCUCCUGGCAGACCUGAACAGUCUGACGGUGACGGCUCAGGUGAUGGUGAUCGGGGCCACCAACCGGCCGGACUCCCUGGACCCCGCCCUGCGCAGAGCGGGACGCUUCGACAGAGAGAUCUGCCUGGGGAUCCCUGAUGAAGCGGCUCGACUCAGGAUCUUGAAGACGCUGUGUCGGAAGCUGAAGCUGCCGGAGGACUUUGACUUCAAGCAGCUGGCCCGCAUCACUCCGGGCUACGUGGGGGCCGACCUCAUGGCUCUGUGCCGGGAAGCAGCCAUGAGCGCCGUGCACAGAGUUCUGAUGGAAAGAAGAGCAUCGAGCCAAAGAAAGAGCUCCACUGAAGAGGCUGUAACAGGCGGAGCUCAGGUGGAGGAGGCUGUGACAGAUGGAGCUCAGACUGAAGAGGCUGUAACAGGCGGAGCUCAGGUGGAGGAGGCUGUGACAGACGGAGCUCAGGUGGAGGAGGCUGUAAUAGACGGAGCUCAGGUGGAGGAGGCUGUAACAGACGGAGAGGUCACAGAGACAAAGACAACAGACCUUACCCCCCCGCUGCCUCAGGAGGAGGCGGGGCACAAUGACCUGCAGGUAUGGGGGUCUCCAACCACACAUCUGUCUCAUUCCACUCAGAAGGAUACU